GAUAAACAUGUGAAGAACUUAAGCUGAAACAUGGAUAUUACAAUUCAAAGGGGGAAUUCACUUCCAGAAAUCCAGAAAUGUCAUAAAUGCUGCAGUGAUUUUCACUGCCCAUUCUGUGACCCCAUAUAUUUCAAACCCACAAAGUUGUCCAAAGUUCAAAAACAUCUCAAGGGACACUUCAACAGAGCACUGCAACAUGAAGGGUACACCAUACAUCGAUGCGGUCGCCCCUGCCGAACCCAGCAACAUUAUCAUUGCUUGUACUGUCAGUCAACAAUUUUAAGAAAGCCAGAUUUCAUUACACAUUUAGGUUCCUGCAAAUGUAAGAGCGUUAAGAGAGCAAGUGCCACUGAUGCCUGUAACAUCACACCCACUGCUGUGGCAACUGCUGUUGCACAAGCUACUGCCAUUGCUGUUCCAGCUACCACAGCCAUCGCUGCCACCUCUGUGCCAUCUAUCAUUGUGCCACCUACUGUUAUGCCGCCCUUUUCUGCCAUCUCUGUGCCGCCCACUGCUGCGCCUUCUACCACAGCCACUGCUGCCACCUCUGUGCCAACCAGCACUAUGCCACCCACUUCUGCCACCUCUGUGCCAACCAGCACUAUGCCACCCACUGCUGCCACCUCUGUGCCAACCAGCACUAUGCCACACACUGCUGCCAACUCUAUGCCACCCACUGCUGCCACCUCUGUGCCAACCAGCACUAUGCCACCCACUGCUGCCAUCUCUGUGCCAACCAGCACUAUGCCAUCCACUGCUGCCAACUCUGUGCCACCCACUGCUGCCACCUCAGUGCCAACCAGCACUAUGCCACCCACUGCGCCAACCAGCACUAUGCCACCCACUGCUGCCACCCCAGUGCCAACCAGCACUAUGCCACCCACUGCUUCCACCUCUGUGCCACCCACUGCUGCCACCUCAGUGACUGCCAAGCUAAUAUGGAGUUGGCAUGGAGAAGUGGACUGCAGUCAUACCAGUGUGUACACCUCCGGUCAGUUUCAUACUGCAAAACCUUUUUAA